AUGUCAGAUCAACCAACAGUCGUUUAUCAGGCGAUGCCUCCUGAUCAAUAUCCAACCCCUCCACCAAUACCAACAGCACCGCCUCCACCAAUCGUACCCAAUGGUGGCGAUUCGCAGCCCACUUAUUUCACAAACCCCAGCAACCCAAUCUAUCCAACAAGGCCUACUCUACCUACUGGAGGAGGAGGAGGAGGAGAUGACAGCGGUGGAGGAGGGAAUAACCCUGAACCUGAUAAACCGACAUCAUCACAAGCCAGUGCUGACACUACGACUGCAAGCUCCGAAAGCGACAGACCAGAACAAACGACGACGACAUCCAGCCAGCAACAACAAACAACGUCAACACCACCUGCUGCAGGCAAUGGCGGUGUUACUCUCCAACCAGGCGUACCCACUUCAUUUCGUGGUGUCCCCACGCCCACUACCUCUCCAUCAUCGGCAUCAGGAGCAGCAGCCGGUAUUUCGGGAUCUGUCAUUUCUGGAUCCAUGACGGCCGUUGUUUUUAUAUUCGCCUUCUUAGGAGCACUGAUUAUCGGCUUGGUCGCCGGGUUCCUAAUCGCCAAAUAUACCCGUCUCGGUGGCAGUCGAAAGCGCAAGGAACAGAAAGAUCAGUUAACGGAACAGCUUCGUCUGUUGACAGAGAGUAUCGGCCAACAGAACGCGUACAACCAGCACCACAGCCGGCAACAACAACAUCCACAGGAACGGUCAUUCAACUUGGAUCGAUCAUACCUCCAGGAGGACAGGCUGACACAUGCACCUUAUCAGGCGGAGCUGACGCCUCUGUAUAUGAAUCGGUCUUACGCCGCAUACCCUACAACGACCGCCGCCGCCUUAAAUCUGUCACACCCUCAUUCGGCUCCUGAUCAACACAUCUACCAGAACUGGGAUGCUGCAGUAACACCACUGAUUACGCCAGGGACACCAAUGGUAUCGAUCCGACCCGCCACCAUCCCCACCCCCGCAGCAGCCGCAGCAGUACAGGUGGUAGCAACAUCUCGGACACCUCGUCUGGGCAACACGGCAAUACCACUACCCCAUGCAGAUGUCGAAAUCGACGGCCCCAAGGACGAAUGGGCAUCCUCAAGAGCAGAAUCGACCAUUUCCUUGAGCUCAAAGAGCGUCUCCGCCUCAGAAUUGAACGGUUUUGAGAGGAGGCGCCCACAGCAUCGAGUGGAGGGCGAGGGGGAGGAUAGUUUGUUUGGUGAGGGGUUGGAUGUUGUGACACAUAACCCUCAUUCCAUUAGCAGGAUAGAGUAG